AUGAACAUCGUUGGCGAAACGGGUGCCGAUGAAUUCUCCCCAACUCAUUUUUCUAAUGCCCUGACUUUUCCCAAACACCGUGAUGGGAUCAGCUACUGGUUUGCAAGCGACAUCCCGCUUUUGCCGCUUGUCAUGCUGACCCACUGCAGCUUUGACGUUGCAGGCCCGUCCUUUCACGGGACGCCUGGUUAUCUCAAAAACACCAAGUAUCAAAACCCGAGGAACAUCGCCGAUGGACCGUUCCAACACGCCCACCACACCAAAGAACCCUUCUUUGUAUGGCUAGGGGAGAGACCUGAGCAUUCCGAACAUUUCAACAACUACAUGAGCGGAUACCGUCACGGGAAGCGCAGCUGGAUGGACGAAGGCUUUUACCCACUGAAAGAAAGACUCGGAGUCGACACGCCAAAUGACGAAAAAAAUCCGGUCUUCCUUGUGGACGUAGGAGGCGGUCUGGGUCACGAUCUAGAGGAGCUGAAAGUCAAGCAUCCAGGCAUUCGGGGUCACUUAGUGCUACAGGACCAGCCGGAAGUCAUCGCCCAAAUCGGCAAGGCUUCGGAUGGCAUUGAGUUGACUACCCAUGACUUCUUCACUCCACGAUCUGUCAAAGGUGCUAGAGCAUAUUAUCUGCACUCCGUCCUCCACGACUGGGAUGAUGCUUCGUGUCUCAAGAUUCUUCGAAACAUUGUGCCUGCUAUGCGACCCGGAUACUCAAAGCUGCUUAUCAAUGAGAACGUCGUUCCCGACGUCGGAGCGGCGUGGUCGAUCACAUCCAUGGACUGGUUGAUGAUGGCUUUGGGCGCCGUCAGGGAGCGGACGGAAAAGCAGUGGAGGGGUUUGCUUGGGCAGGCAGGACUGAAAGUUACAGGGGUCUGGACUUAUGAACAGGGAACUGAGAGCUUGAUCGAAGCGGAGACUGAGACUUGA